GCCCACACCAGACCGUUGACGGGAGAUUCGCAAUCGCGCACCGCAGCGUAGACGCACUGGGCUAUAGGCUCACUGUCCGGACUGUAUAUAGAUUAGAAGCAAGAGACAAGGAGCUGCAACCAUUACAUGCUAUGAAAUGGCUGCAGGGUCCAAUUCGUCGUCCGCCGCCGCCGCCGCCGCCGCUACAUGCACCACCUGGCUGACGGCCGCGACUGAGCUCUACCGCCUCCUCGCGUCUGCCCACUACGAUGAGCCCCACGCGGUGCUUCGCGACGCACCACCUCGUGCUCCUUCUCCAGUCGCCGCCGAUAUAGACGUCCUCGCUCUGCACCAGCAGAUGCUUGGCGCCACGGCGCGCCUCCCACAGGCUGUGCCGAGUGAGCCCGACGACAGCCUUCUCCGUGCGUGCCGCAAGGUCGGAGCAGAGCUAUGUCUCAAGCUGGAGAGGCUCAAGGCGAGUUCUUGUGUUGUCGAGGGACGUGUCCGUGGCGCGCAGCUUCGCGACGCAUGGUGUGUAGAAGAUGUCGACGCGCUGGGAGGCCGACUCGAGCAGCUGGUCGGCCAAUGUCCCGACGAUGUGCCCUUUAAAAUCACCAUAAGAGACCGCAAUGACGCCAAGACGACGGAGAAAUCUCUCUCCCGUGACUUGCCACCAGUUUUGCACAAAGACGCCAAUGCAGGAGACACUCUGCCAAAGGCCGCCAUGGAAAAUCCCAAAGAGUCGAGCAUCGAUACAGGAAACUUGUCUCGUGUGCCGGCUGCCGCUAUCGCCGCUACACAGAAGCCUCGUUCCGUCCCGGCCGGCCUGCUCUACGAAUUCAUCCUCGACGGCCUCGCGUACAAGUCCAUGCAUGACCGCGAAGAGGAAGUCGUACAGGCUCAUCAAAAGACCUUCGAAUGGGUCUUUACAAACGGCGCCAACGACUCUAAUGGAUUGGACAGCGGGCUGUCGACGUGGUUUGCGCAGGACAUCCUCGGUCCCAUCUACUGGAUCACUGGCAAGCCCGGCUCGGGAAAGUCCACCUUUAUGCGCUUCCUAUUCCACCACGAGCGUACAGCCAAGAGCCUCCAACACUGGGCCGCGGGAUCUGAUGUGCAGACGGCUGGCUUCUUCUUUUGGACCAGCGGGUCAAGGGAGCAGCGCUCUCAGACCGGCCUCCUCCGAUCGCUGCUGCAUCAACUCCUCAGCGACAACGUCCAUCUCAUCCCGAGCACCUUUCCGGUGCUCUGGGAUCCGCUACGCAGCAUGUCUACCAAAGAACGCAUCUUGCUUACGUUGGACUGGUCGGUCAAGGAGCUCAUGGAAGCAUUUCACCUGUUACUGGAUGCUGCACUACCUACGAAGAAGAUUUGCCUCUUCAUCGACGGCCUGGACGAGUUCGACGGCGAUCACCAGACCAUCAUCAACUUCUUCAGAGAUCUUGGUCGCGACAAGCACGCAGGGUCUAUUAAGAUGUGCCUCUCCUCGCGACCGUGGUCCGUUUUUGAAACCGCCUUUGGACACUCGGUCCCGCACCUGCGGCUACAGGACCUCACCUACGACGAUAUGCAUCGGUACACCAGAGACAGGCUGCGCGAGAGUGUUGCUAUCCAAACCAUCUUUGGAAGUGAUGGCAACUGCGAGCAGAUAUUUGUCAAGGAGGCGGUUGACCGAGCAGAUGGCGUGUUUCUCUGGGUGCGGCUUGCGGCCAACGAAAUGGUACGCCGAUUCACGUCCGCUCAUAGCUCAUCAGACCUGUACGACAUGCUUCGUCAGUUGCCCUCGGAGCUUGAUGAUUUAUUCGCAAAGUUUCUAUUCGAAGACCAGAGCGUGGCGGAACUUUCCCAGACAGCUGUCAUUUUUGAUCUGAUGUGUGCUCGAGAACUGGUCGCCGACUUUGUCCGCAACGACUCGGCGAACUCGCUCACAGUCUGGGAGCUUGCAUUUGCUUUGGAAGAAGAAGAUGACGAACUUGUUGUUACCCUACCCAUUGAAGAGGCAUCCGAUCGAGUGGUUCGCGAUAGAUGCAGUAGCACUGUUCGUGCCAUAACCAGGCGAUUCGCGAAUCUCCUGGAUUUGCACUCGCCGGGUAGGCAGGGAAACCCACGUGUCUCACGCGCUCAAGGCCCUGAGCAGCAGCUCAUGCGAGAUAUGCGAGGGUUCCCUUGGCGACGCGUGACAUACAUACACCGUACGGUUCGCGACUGGCUCAUAGAUGGUGAUGGCGUGAGCACCCGGCUCGCCUCCUACCUGCCCCCUGGGUUCGACGCCCAUCUCCGGCACCUUCGAUCGUACGUCCUCCGGCUGAAGCAUCCGCUUGAAGAAAUCGAGAUCCACCGCAGGCUGGACGACUGGUGGCCUGAUAUUGCCCUCGCCAUGACGCACGCGAGGUACAUUACCGAGGAUCCGAGACGGCUGCAACGCGUUUUCGUCAACCAACUCAACGCCACGCAGUCCGAGCUGUGGCUGCGGAAGCCGCAGGAUCCGUACGACCACUGGGCGCGCAACGCCUUUGGUUCAUAUGAAGUGCGCAUGAAGGCGCCCCCGAUAUGGCAGCCGUUCCUGUGCCUCGCCACAAAGUUUGGGCUCACCGAGUACAUCGCCCAAGAGCUCGAGGCGCGCCGUGAAGUAGUCGCAUAUCAGGGCCCUCAAGAAUCAGAUUCAGGUCAUACCGACUUGGACCUCGAAUGCGCAGAUGCGACGCCGAUCUUUAGCCACGCGACGGAAUUCCUCUGUUCGCGCAACAAGACUAUCUUUCCGCUAUCUGACCCAGCGCUCGUCCGUGUCCUCCUCCGUAACGAGACUGGAAGCGACAGCGUGAUGAACCCGGGGGUGAACCAUCCUUACACCGACUUCAUGACACGUGCGCCGACAACGCCGUGGCUCGCGCUGCUGAGGCACUUGAGAGACGCUCGCCGUAGAGGCUGGAUCGAGCGGUACGACACGGAUACGAGCGGCGUGGAGCGCUGGGCGGACAUUGUGAGGUUGUUCAUCGAAGUCGGCGGCGCGGAUCCUACCGCGGUGGUCGUCAAGGACAGCUGGGAUCCGGAGAUUUCAGCAUUGGGUGUGCUGGAGCUCCUGGAUGAGACGUACGGGGCAGUUGAGAUCAGAGACCUGCGACAACUGCUGGCUGGGAAGCUUGAUGUGCUGCAGGCGAAGUCGCAAAAGUAUGUGUUGCGCCCGCGAAAGGAAUAGUUGAGGGUUGAAUAAGAUCUUCUUGUCGUUUACAGUAUACUUGUUCCUGCUAUUUACAUGUGCUACUUCGUACGCACGUACGCGCCUUUGCCAUUCAUUCACCAGGAUGGGACGAAAGAUCGCAGCUGUCCUGGCUCUAUCGUUACAAGUCGAG